UGCUGCUGCUGCUGCUCGUUAUAUCGAUUCUUUCUGCUGCCCUGAGAACCGGACGACGUGCAUAAGAUUACAAUGACCCAGAGAAUCCGCGAGGCCAAUGGCCUUCUUCGCGACAUCCCAAAACCCGGAGAGACUAUCCUGCCCAAGGAGGGAGAAGAGAAUGUUUUGAUUACUUCGGCGUUGCCGUACUGUAACAAUGUACCCCAUCUCGGGAAUAUCAUUGGGAGCACCUUGAGUGCCGAUAUCUUCGCUCGUUUCAAUCGCACAAGAAACCGGAGAACACUGUAUAUAUGCGGCACAGAUGAGUACGGAACCGCCACCGAAACACAAGCCUUGAAGGAAGGCAUAACGCCAAAAGAACUCUGUGACAAAUACAAUGCAUUGCACGUUGAGACGUACAAGUGGUUCCAACUAAGCUUCGAUCAUUUCGGACGAACCUCCACCCCACUUCAUACAGAGAUCUGCCAGGAGAUUUACCUGAAUCUGCUGAAGAAUGGCUACCUCGAUAAACAAAUCAAAGAGCAGACAUACUGCGAAGGAUGUUCAAAAUUCCUCGCGGAUCGCUUUGUGGAGGGAACAUGCCCCCACUGUGGUGCAGACGACGCUCGUGGUGAUCAAUGCGACGUGUGCAGCCGCACCCUUGAUGCUGUAGACCUGAUCAAUCCCCGCUGCCUCAUCAGCAAGGCGCACACCGUCACGACCCGCUCGUCUGCCCACAUGUACGUCAAGCUCGACGCUCUCCAGCCAAAGGUCGAGGAGUGGAUCAGGAAGUCCUGGAAAGAUGGAAAAUGGUCUCCGAAUGCGGUGAUCAAUGCGGAGGGGGAACUGAUUGAUGCCCGGCUGAAGGCGGGCAUGCGGCCUAGUCCGGUCACGCGAGAUCUGACAUGGGGUGUACCUGUCCCGGUUGUAGAAGGGGAAGACGAUCAGGGAAUGAAGGGAAAGGUCCUGUAUGUUUGGUUCGAUGCCCCCAUUGGCUACCCUAGCAUCACGGCGAACUACACCUCGGAGUGGAAGCAAUGGUGGUUCAACAAGCCGGACGUCCGACUAUACCAGUUCAUGGGCAAGGACAAUGUCUACUUCCACACCAUCUUCUGGCCUUCGAUUCAGAUUGGCGACGGCCGUCCUUGGACGACGCUGUACCACCUGUCGACGACCGAAUACCUCAACUACGAGGGAGGCAAAUUCUCAAAAAGCCAUAAUCGUGGUGUGUUCGGGCCUGCCGCAAGAGAGACCGGAAUCCCCCCUUCGGUGUGGAGGUACUACUUGAUCUCGACUCGACCGGAGACUGCGGACGCCAUGUUCUCAUGGUCGGAUUGUUCAUUUAGUUUCGGUAACUUCAUCAACCGUGUCCUGAAGUUCGCCGCAUCGCAAUACGAUAGCGUGGUUCCCGACGGUGGCGACGUCCCCGGCCCUCUCUCCCCCAAUGAUGACGUUGAUGCAGAGUUCAUUUCUGAGGUCAAUGGGCAUCUGAAGGACUACAUCGACGCCAUGGAGGCCGUCAAGCUCCGGCUGGGCCUCCAGACGGUCAUGCUCUUGUCCGCGCGGGGCAACCUGUACCUGCAGGCAUCGGGCCUGAACAAGGCGCUGAUGGCCGCCGACCCAAAGCGGUGUGCGCAGGUCGUCUCGCGCGCGAUCAACCUCAUCUACGUCCUCUCCGUCAUGAUCUUUCCCUUCAUGCCGUCGACGUCCGAGGCGAUCCUGCUGCAGCUCAACGCGCCGGCGCGGGCAGUGCCGGAGGUGUUCGCGCACGACAUCCUGCCGGGCCAUCGCAUUGGGACGCCCGACCACCUGUUCAAGCGCAUCAACGAGAAGAUGGUCGAGGUGUGGAAGGCGAGGUUCGGCGGCAAGGCGAGCGAGGCGACACCCGAGCCCAGCGCGGACGCGACGCAUGUUGCGCUGGGCAUGUCGAAGCGCAAGGCGGCGGCGGCGAAGAAGGCGGCGGAGAAGGCAGCGACCGUUGCAGACGAGUCGAACCCGAAGUCGGCGGAAGUGCUGGCAUGGGAGCAGAAGGUGGCCGAGCAGGGGCAGAAGGUGCGGGCGCUGAAGGGGCAGACACCCAAGACGCCCGAGCUGGAGCAGGAGACGACGGCGGCGGUAGAUGAGCUGAAGAAACUUAAAGAAGAAUUGGCGGCCCUGGAACGAGAUUCGUAG